CAGCGUUAGGAGCAGGACAAUAGCGAUUCACUUAGCAUUUCAGCCACAAACAAAUUUAGAAAAAAUGCAAAAGACAUGCUUGUCCUUGUGAGAGAGAGACGUGAAUGAAUAAAUUAUCCUCUAGUAGAAGGAGGCUUAUGCAUUAGGUUAAGGCUGUGUGAUUGAUUAUCAGUUGAUGCAAUGGCUACGAGUGGAAGCGUUGAGGGGCAGAAGAACCCUGCCCUUGAACCGGAUUUGGAUAGUCCGGAUAAGGCGGAUCACGAGUUGGCUGAAUUCGGAGCGGGUUGCUUCUGGGGCGUGGAAUUGGCCUUUCAGCGAGUGGAAGGAGUGGUGAAGACUGAAGUUGGGUAUAGUCAGGGUCACACACCGGAUCCCAAUUACAAACUGGUUUGCACCGGAAGCACUAACCACGUUGAAGUUGUUCGCCUCCAGUUCGACCCCAAACUUUGCCCCUACACCCAUCUCCUCGCUCUCUUUUGGUCUCGACACAACCCCACUUCCAUCAACCGCCAGGGCAAUGAUGUGGGUGCACAGUAUAGAUCAGGAAUAUACUACUUCAACGAGACACAGGCUCGUUUAGCCCAAGAAUCGAAAGAAGCAAAACAGUUGGAAUUGAAGGAGAAGAUUGUGACAGAAAUACUUCCAGCUAAGAAGUUUUACAAAGCAGAGGAGUACCAUCAACAAUAUCUGGAGAAGGGUGGAGGUCAAGGUAACAAACAAUCUGCAGCAAAGGGCUGCAAUGAUCCCAUCAGGUGCUAUGGCUGAUCAUCACUUGCUCCACACUUCACCAUGUCUGUCUCCUAUCAGCUAUUUACUGUAUUCCAAUGUAAUAACAUUACCAAAAAAUAAAAUGUCAUGGUGAUUCUUCUAAGUGAUCAUAUGCAAGUUGAUCAACUGAUAUUUAUAUAAAUGCUUUAAAGUAGCUCUUGUCGGCCUAA